AUGCAAUUCAACGGGUCAACGCAGUCAACGCCGCAGCAGCCGGAUCGUGUUUUCGUGGCGUCGAUCCCAUUGGAUGCGCCGGCCGGACCUCCUCAGUGGGUUGCUGACGUGGCAGGACGGCUGUUUCCUCUGCUGUGCAGUCACUGGGUGGUGAUUAUAGCGAGAGAGAAUGGAGAGGGCCACUUCAUGUGGCCCCCAUGUUUCCCCCAUGUUCCCCCAUUUCCCCCCGUGCUCCGCCUGAUGCUUCCCCAUCCUCCCCCCUUCCUCCUCCCCCCACCUUCUCCCCCCUCCCCCCUCCCUCCUCCUCCUCCUCCUCCUCCUCCUCCUCCUCCUCCUCCUCCUCCUCCUCCUCCUCCUCCUCCUCCUCCUCCUCCUCCUCCUUCUCCUCCUCCUCCCCCUUCUCCCAUUCUCUCCUCCCAUUCUCUCCUCCCAUUCUCUCAUCCCAUUCUCUCCUCCCAUUCUCUCCUCCCAUUCUCUCCUCCCUCCCCAGCCUUUGAGAUGUUGAGGCCUUCCUCCUCUGCCCUCCUCCGUACCCCUCCUCCGCCCUCUCCCCAGUCCUGCCUCUUUUACUUAAAGGCUCGCUACCUCUUUGACUUGAGGCCGGAUGACCCACAGAACAUGCAGUGCUACCUGUUUGACUUCAGGCCGGAUGACCCACAGGACAUGGGAGUGGCUCUCAGAGUGCUGGCGCUGCAGCCUGUGCCUGGUGAGUUGUGUGCGACUUUUGAGAUGUCUCAAAAGUCGCUGCAGCCUGUGCCUGGUGAGUCGUGUGCGACUUUUGAGACGUCUCAAAAGGCGCUGCAGCCUGUGCCUGCUGCAGCCUGCGCCUGGUUGGCUAUAAACUCGUUCAUGCACUUGCAUCUGCCACUUCACUUCCCUCCUUCCUCCCUCCUAACGCCCCCCAGACUGCCUGCUCGUUUGACCACUGUUCCCCACCCUGCCUUCGUUCCCCUGCUGGCUAUAUGCUCAUUUGUCCGCUCUCCUCCCUCCCCUCCCGCCGCUGCUGGUGCGUCGGCUCGUCUGCUGGCUGGGUCAGAUUGCCCCAUUGCUCCGUUUCCCUCCCUCUCACCAUCCCACUGUCCCUCGAUUUCCAGGUUAUCUGCUAAUACGCCCGCUCUCCUCCCUCCCCUCCCGCCGCUGCUGGUGCAUCGGCUCGUCUGCUCACUCUGA